CCUCCGCCGCCGACCCGGCCGAGUCGCCGACGCCGCUCCGGGAGCACCAGCCGCCCGCCCGCAACGACUACAUCAAAGUGGAGAAAAUAGACAUUGCCGACGACGACGACGACGAGAGCUUAGAGGCCACGCUGGGCCAGGUGUCAACGUUCGAGGCGUCUCAGUUCGACGGGGACAACUCGACGAGCUCUCACGACAUGUCCGGCCUCUUCAGCGGAAUCUCAGACCAAGGAGGCAGUGAAAUGUUAGCGGCUGGAGUGGCGGAAGACGGCGCCCCGCAAGCGGCGGCCGGCGCGCACGUGUGCGCCCUGUGCGGCGCCGUCUUCCGGCACCCCGACUCGCUGCGCUUCCACAAGGAGGUGCACAAGGGCCGCACGCGCUGCCCAGUCUGCGGCCGCGUGUUCAGCCGGCGCGCCUACCUCACGCAGCACCUGCGCAUGUGCCACCCGUGCGACGCCGUCCGGUUGGCGCCUCCUUGAGCGGCGCGCGGCGGCGCAUCAGUUGUCACGAGGCCGCGGCGGCGCGCUAAGAUCCACGGAGCAUCCCUGACGGCGUUAGAGGCGCUCCGAGGCGGCAGGCCCGCCGCGGGCGACCGCUAGCCGUGCCGAACGGCGUCCUGGAGCGCAGGCUGUACUGCAGUCAGCGGAAGGGAGCCGGUAGCGGCGUCUGCGAGGGCUCGAGCGGUGUGGGGCUGGACGUAGCCGAGCCGGUUGUGAACUGAUGGCGAGCGCCGCGGCGGCGCGAUCCAGAAGCGCGCGCUGCUGGAGGCGGUGUCGCGGAAGCGGGCAGUGUGAAGAUGAGUUCGCUGCGGGCGUGGCGUACUGUGGUCAGCGGGCCGUGGCUGGUGCUGCCGCCAGAGCUGGAGCCGGCGGUCCUGUCCACGAGGCUGGUGCCGGACGGUUGACGCCGGUGGAGGCGGCGCUAGGGGCGAGCCAGAGCGGCCGGCCGCCCACGGGUCGAGCCGGGACACCGCGCAAACUCGGA